AUGAUAUCUGCCUUCUGGUCUUGUGUUCCAAAAAGGCCCGGGCAACAUUCCCUGGAGCUUUCACCAAAGAAGGGACAGUUCGAUCCUCUUACUAUGGCCUGGUCGAUGAACGUCGACAACACAUUUGUUUUCGACCUGGACGUUCGGAUGUCCAAUAUCAAGAAUUACUUUCAUGUUCACGUAAUUUCCCAGUCCUCCCAUCUUUACAAUGCCAAAGGGCAACUCCGAAAGCGCGCAAAGAAGGAUGUUGCUGAUGCUCGGAACCCAACCGACCCGAAAAAUUGA